AUGGAGGACAUGUGGGUCCUGUCCAACAGGAGCCUGCAGGCUUCCGGAGUGAGCGCUCUUGACCUCAACAGUUGCAACAGCGCUUCCUUGAGUGCCAACCCGUGGGACUCGUUGGAGAACCCGGGACCCACAGAGUACGCGGCCACACGCGCCCACGACAUACUCUCCACGUUCAACCUGUUGGUCACACGGCGCAUACUAGAGAUCAUGGUGACCGCCACGAACCUCGAGGGCCUGAGGAAACGCGGCAACGACUGGAAAAUGACGGACGUCACGGAGCUGCGCGGCUACCUCGGGCUGCUGCCCCUCGCCGGCGUGCACAGGUCCCGAAACGAGGCCCUGGAGAGCCUGUGGCAUGAGGAGAGCGGCAGGGCCAUUUUCCGCGGCACAAUGUUGCUCAAGCGAUUCCACGCGCUCUCGCGAGUGCUGCAAUUCGACGACCACGAGACGAGAGGCGCCAAACGAGCCUCGGACAAACUGCCGGCCAUACGAGAAGUGUGGGAUGCCUGGGUGCGGGAGCUGCCUCGCCUCUACAACCCGGGCCCCGACGUGACCGUGGACGAGCAGCUGGUUCCCUUUCGAGGUCGAUGCUCCUUCCGCCAGUACAUGCCCAGCAAGCCCGCCAGGUACGGACUCAAGUCGUGGGUGGCCUGCGACGCCGGCUCCAGCUACGCGUGGAACAUGCAGGUCUACACGGGCAAGUCUGUGAGCGGCGAGCCCGAAAGGAAUCAGGGCGCCCGAGUGGUGAUGGACCUGACCAAGAGACUGCGGGGCCACCGCAAUGUGACGUGCAACAACUUUUUCACCUCCUACGAGCUGGCCCGGCGGCUCCUCCACGACAGGGACCUCACCGUGGUGGGCACGAUGCGCAAAAACAAGCCCGAGCUGCCGCACGCCUUGCUCUACACCAAGGGCCGCGCGGUCUUCUCGUCCAGUUUAGCCUUCACGCCCACCGUCACUCUGGUGUCCUACGUGCCCAAGAGGAACAGGAACGUGGUGCUGCUGAGCACGCUGCACACGGGGGACGCCUCCACAGCUGCCAAGCCCGACAUCAUCCUGCACUACAACAGCACCAGGGGUGGCGUGGACAACCUGGACAAGCUCGUCGGCACGUACAGCUGCCGCAGGAAGACGGCACGCUGGCCCCUCGCCCUGUUCCACAACAUCCUCGACGUGUCCGCCUACAACGCCUUUGUGCUUUGGCGAGAGCUCAGGCCCGAGUGGCUGUGCGGCAAGCUCAACAGGCGCAGGGCUUUCCUCGAGCAGCUGGGCAGGGUGCUCGUCACUCCGCUCAUCGAGAGACGCUCGCGUCUCCCUCGCACGCAGGUGUCUGCCGCGCUCGUCAAAGCCGUGGCAGCGAGGUCAUGCGAGCCAAGGUCAGGCGCUGGUGUCAGGCGAGUCCGACAGGACCAGCGAGGAGACGAGGAGGAAGACGAGGAGGACAAAAACGACGAGCAAGACGACGAGGAAGAAGCAGCGCCGAGAGCGCCGAGAGUGCCCAGCAAGCGAAAGAGGUGUCAGCUCUGUCCAAAGAAAAAGGACCGAGACACACAACGUGUGCGGUGGCUGCCAGAGAUACGUCUGCGGGAGGUGCACACAGCCCUACUGCGCGGACUGCGUGAGACAGUAGCCUCUCGGCUCGCGCGGCGGUUUGAGCUGCGCCUUUGCCUUUACGCUGCACACAAAAAAAAACAACCAGCGACAUCAACUUUCCAAUGCAACAAGGGUCCCGGGGACCCGAGGGAUACAAGCCGCCACGAGGCCAGUAGCGAGAGACAAAAAUGUCAUUGA